GCAACUGGAGGCUGUUAUUGCAAAAAUGACAAAGGAAAAUGCUUCUGUGUUGUAACUUGUUCUGUCAGUCUCCCGUAAGCUGCUGUUCUCAUGUUUACCUUCCUGGGUUGGGUUUCUGAAGACAAUUAUUUCAUACUACCAAGUAGAAAGCACUUAAAGGAAAUGUAGAUUAAGAAAGAGUGAUACUUCUAAGUUAACUAUUAACCAAUUCAAACAGACUCAAGAGCAUUUCAAGUGAGGUUAACGUGUUGGACUGGUGAAGAAGAACAAACUCAAGCAGCGAAGAAUAGUCAUGGGGAUACUCUAUUCAGAGCCCAUUUGUCAGGCAGCUUAUAAUAACGAUUUCAAUGAAGUUCAGCUCCUUUUGGAGCACAACAGCAACUAUCUGAACAUCCAGGACAGCUUCGGUGGAGAUACCCCCUUAAUUUGUGCAUGUAAACGGGGAAACAACAGGAUAGUUAGCUAUCUUCUAAAAAGAAAUGCUGAUGUCAACCUCAGAAACAAGAAAGACCGUACUUGUCUGCAUUAUGCUGUGAGAAAACGGUUUACCUUCCUUGACUAUGUGCUUAUCAUAAUCCUCAUGCCAGUUAUGCUUAUUGGAUAUCUUCUUAUGGUCUCAAAGACUAAACAGAAUGAAAACCUGAUCAUGAUGUUGCUUAGAGCUGGAGCUGAUGUUAAUGCUACAGACUUUUCUGGUCGCACAGCCCUUCACUAUGCUUGUGAAAUGAAAAACCAGGCAGUCAUUCCUCUACUGCUUGCAGCUCACGCAGACACUUCUGUAAAGAAUCAGGAUGGAGAGACUCCCUUAGAUAUAGCAAGAAGAUUGCAGUUCCACAACAUUGAAAGUAUGCUAAGGAAAACUUCCUAGUCAUCAAGGACUUCUGAACAUGCAGAAAAUUACCUCAUCUGACAAUCCAUCUUGCACUGCAGCAGGAGUCCUGCAGAGGGUUGAGGCCUGUUACUUGAUAAAGACUUGGUCCAAAUCCACCCAUUCUUCGCUACAGACUUUGACUAUUUUGUGUGAGACAGCACCCCUAAGGCCAUGUGGGCUGAAAGGAGUUAAUUUGAUUUUACUAAGCCAUGAAUUCUUACAAUAGUGU